ACAUGCUGCAGACCACAGCCUGUUUGAAACUCAAUCGAAUAGAAUCUAUGAACGAAAGUAGAAUUGCGCCAAUGGUCCGAGGAUUACUAUAAGAUCGUGAGACAGAGAAAGCAACAUCAAGAGAGACGGGUAUCGCAAGAUGAACAGACUGUGCCUGCGGGCAUCUGCUGCUGCUGCUGCAUCAAGCCCAUCGAGGCCAGCUCUUACACUUCGCGGCAUACAGGCGACGACGAGCCUGGGUCAAUGGCACACAAAGCGUAUCUUUGCGAGCACUCCCCGCCACAGAAAGGAUGUCGUGUCCAGACAGUCACUUGCUGACAAGGGCAAGGACAAGGUCGUCGCUGCGGGGAAGAAGAAUAGCAGCAGCAGCAGGAAAGAUCCGCUUCUUGCAGAGCAGACCGUCUCGAACAAGGAGCAGCGCAAAGCAGACUGGGCCAUUAUUAAGGACAUGUCGAAAUAUCUGUGGCCCAAAAAUGACUUUGGCACUAGAUUCCGUGUUGGACUCAGCGUAGCCCUCUUGAUAUCAGCAAAGGUCCUGAAUGUGCAAGUUCCGUUCUACUUCAAAUCCAUCAUAGACUCGAUGAACAUUGAUUUCGCAGCUGUGGGUGGUACUGCCAUGACCGUUGCAGGCGCCUCCAUCUUUGCCUACGGUGCUACCCGAAUAGGCGCUGCAUUGUUUCAAGAAUUUCGAAAUGCCAUCUUCGCCACAGUCUCUCAAAAGGCCAUUCGCAACGUCGCCGGCCAUGUCUUUGAGCAUUUGCUGAAACUCGACCUCAACUUUCAUCUGGCGAGACAGACGGGCGGACUGACCCGCGCCAUCGAUCGCGGAACUAAAGGAAUCAGCUUCUUGCUCACCAGCAUGGUCUUUCACAUCAUCCCCACAGCGCUUGAGAUCACCUUGGUCUCCGGAAUCUUGACAUACAACUAUGGCUGGAAGUUUGCCGCCCUUGCAGUAGGCACCAUGGCUGCUUAUUCCUGGUUUACAAUUGCCACAACAGCCUGGCGAACCAAGUUUCGGAAGCAGGCAAAUGCAGCAGACAACAAGGGCGCCACUGUCGCAGUGGACAGUCUGAUCAACUAUGAAGCGGUCAAGUAUUUCAACAAUGAAGCGUACGAAGCGAAACGCUACGAUUCUGCCCUGAAAAACUAUCAAGACGCCAGUAUCAAAGUCGCCACCUCUCUCGCCUAUCUCAACAGCGGCCAGAAUCUCAUCUUCUCAUCCGCCCUAACGGGCAUGAUGUACAUGGGCGCUCAGGGUGUCGCAUCGGGCAGCCUCUCUAUUGGUGACCUGGUCAUGAUCAACCAGCUCGUAUUCCAGCUCUCUGUGCCUCUGAACUUUUUGGGAAGUGUCUACCGCGAACUUCGCCAGUCUCUUCUCGAUAUGGAAACACUGUUCAAUUUGCAAAAGGUCAACGUGGCAAUCACAGAGCCCAAGAACGCCCCUCCCCUUCUUCUCAACAAAGGUGGCGAGAUCAAGUUUGAGAACGUCUCUUUUGGCUACCGUCCCGAUCGACCCAUUCUCCAAAACUGCAACCUCACCAUUCCAGCGGGCAAGAAAGUCGCCAUCGUGGGUCCUUCAGGCUGCGGCAAGUCCACCAUCCUACGCCUGCUCUUCCGUUUCUACGACGUACAAUCCGGACGCAUCACCAUUGAUGGCCAAGACAUUCGACAAGUGCAGAUUGAAUCCCUUCGCAAGAGCAUUGGUGUCGUGCCCCAAGACACACCUCUUUUCAAUGAUACCAUCGAACACAAUAUUCGCUACGGAGACAUUCAUGCCGACUCCAACGCUGUCAUAGCAGCAGCCAAACGAGCCAAAAUACACUCGAUUAUUGAAUCACUACCCGAUGGGUACCAAACUAUGGUGGGCGAGAGAGGAAUGAUGAUAUCUGGGGGCGAGAAACAACGGCUCGCCGUCUCCCGACUAAUUCUCAAAGAUCCUCCCUUGUUGUUCUUCGAUGAAGCCACCAGCGCAUUGGACACACAUACGGAAGCGGAAUUGUUGAGGAAUAUCCGAGACGUUUUGAUCGAGAAGAAGCGCACCUCGGUAUUCAUCGCUCAUCGUCUGAGAACCAUUUAUGAUAGUGACAUGAUUAUUGUCAUGAAAGGAGGGCAGGUGGCAGAGCAGGGGACUCACGAGACGCUGGUGGAUCGUGACGGCAUCUAUGCCGAGUUGUGGAGUGCUCAAGAGAUGGCCUUCAUGGAGGGAGAGGACCAGGAAGGUGCGGACGUGAAGAACGAAGCGAACGAUGGAGCGGAGGUGGUGGUGAAGAAGUCAUGAAUUAAACGCGUUCUGCCUAUCAUCUUACGCCUCGACAAGCGUCUGUCUGACCUGGGCGAGCAUCGCGGCUCGUUCGAUCUCCCAGGCACGCAUCCUGCCCCAUUGCAGCAACACACUCACACAUACAUAUCUGCUCUGCACGCUAAAAAAAACAAUUGAAAGCCAUUUCUUCUUGUAUCAUUAUUGGUCUUGGAUGAGAUAU